CAUCAGUUCAGUUGCCCAACAAGUAGGCCCCCAGAGUUUUAACCACGGCAUCCUUGUCUUUUGCCAUUAUAGUUUGGAGUUUAGUUUAGAGCUUAGACAUUAGAAGCAUUCAACCUUUCCGACUUGUCAAACUUACGCGUCUUAAUUCAAAGCGUUGAAUGAAAACCCAAAAUCUCAAAUGACUCUGUAACUUCUCCCACACUCUCUUCAGAUUCAUUCUUUGGAUCUCUGAGCGAUUUAUGAUUCAUUAACUGAGUUUUGAAAUAAAAGGUAUUCUUUACUCGCUGCAAUUCUAUAACGUAUAGCAGCAAAUUUGCGCGGUUCAAUGGCAUUAUUGUGAAUUUUCUCUCCAAUGUUGCUCUAGAUAGCAUAAUUUGAAUUAGUUGCGUUGCGGCUGUGAGAAGGCAGGGUUUGGUAUUGUAUGGUAAAAGAUGAAGCGUGUUUCACCACUCUUUUUUGUACUUUUAAUCCUUGGUUUUUUCUUUGCAACCUAUAAUUUGUUGACUAUGAUAAUACACUAUACGACCUCUAGUUCAGAGAAUUGGGAUUUUUCUGAUUCUAUUAUUGGAAUGCCUGAGAAGUUGAAGGAAGGUGGGGGUUCUAAUUCAAAGUACCAUGUUGCUCUCACGGCAACUGAUGCUCCAUAUAGCCAAUGGCAGUGUCGGAUUAUGUAUUAUUGGUAUAAGAAGGUAAAAGAUAUUCCCGGGUCAGAUAUGGGAGAGUUUACUCGAAUUUUGCAUUCAGGGAAGCCUGACAAUUUGAUGGAGGAGAUUCCAACUGUUGUUGUCGAUCCUCUUCCAGAGGGUUUGGAUCGGGGUUAUAUUGUCUUAAAUAGACCAUGGGCUUUUGUGCAAUGGUUGGAAAAGGCAACAAUUGGUGAAGAAUACAUUCUAAUGGCGGAACCUGACCAUGUAUUUGUAAAUCCUUUGCCUAACUUGGCUCAUGGAAAACAUCCAGCAGGGUUCCCCUUUUUCUACAUUAAGCCGGCAGAACAUGAGCAUAUUAUUAGGAAGUAUUAUCCCAAGGAGAAGGGUCCUGUGACAAAUAUUGAUCCAAUUGGCAAUUCUCCUGUGAUUAUUAGAAAGUCUGUGCUGGAGAAAAUUUCACCUACAUGGAUGAAUGUGUCUUUAAGAAUGAAAGAUGACCCAGCAACUGAUAAGGCAUUUGGAUGGGUUCUAGAAAUGUAUGCAUAUGCUGUGGCAUCAGCACUGCAUGGUGUGCGGCAUAUACUUCGUAAAGACUUUAUGCUCCAGCCACCAUGGGAUUUGGAAGUAGGGAAGAAGUUUAUAAUCCAUUAUACUUACGGCUGUGACUAUAAUUUAAAGGGAGAAUUAACAUAUGGAAAGAUUGGAGAAUGGCGUUUUGACAAGAGAUCAUAUCUCAGUGGGCCUCCACCAAGAAACCUCUCUUUGCCCCCUCCUGGUGUUCCUGAAAGCGUGGUAAGUUCAUCCAUUUGGGAAAAUAUAAAUAUGGGCCACCUGGUGAAUAUAGAAGUUGAUAGCAGGAUCAUUGAGUAAAAAGAAUUCAAACCACACCUAGAGUGAAUUUUUCAUCAUUUACUGUGCACAACAGCAGGAUCAUUGAGUAGAAAGAAUUCAAACCACACCUAGAGUGAAUUUUUCAUCAUUUACUUUGCACAACAGCAUGAUCCAGGUAAUGGUUGUAAUCAGUGUCUCUUCAGUAAUGGUCAAUCAAAUUGUCUUUGUACUUUUGUACUCAGUUCAAAAUAUGUUGCAGAUGCUUCAAUCUUCAAGGUGUAGGCCGAAUGCCUAGAAAGAAGAUUGAAGCAUUAUUUGGGAAAUUUAAAUUCUUAUUUUGGGAAACUUAAUGUGAUUGUUGAUUGACGUUAAGUUGGUGAUAAUCGAUGCUGGAAGUACUACUGAGUAGUUCUGCUAUUGCCUACAAAAGCAGUAGCAGAAUCAGUGGAUCACCCUAUUAGGGCUGUUUUCCCACUCCCUGAAGCCCAUUUAAAUAAAUUCACCAAAUUAAAUAGUUUUCUCCACAAACUUUUGAGUUGCAAUACAUGUAAUUUUUAUCUUUCUCUCUGUAUUUACAAAUCUGAUCAUUCCAAUUUCUGCAGGUGAGACUUGUGAAGAUGGUGAAUGAGGCUACUGCCAAUAUUCCAAAUUGGGACACUUUAAAUCGUGGCUGAGAUUUAAUCUAAUUAGUCUAUGCAUCCAUUCUUUGCUUAUAUCAAUCUCCCUCAAAAGAGAGUUAUCAACAUAAACACAGGUACUUAGACAGCAGUAUACAUAGAGAAAAGGAUAUGUUCUGCAAGUAAAUGAGCGAUGAUAUAUCAUUUUUUACAUGUCUUAGUACAACCAUGAAUACCUUUUUUUUUAAUGUGCAUCUCUUAAAUCUGUUGGUCUAUUUAAUGAUUUUGCUCGUCAAGUUUUAUGGACUGUAAAUCAAAUAUUUCUUUUGAAAUUUAAAAUGUCAACGAUGCAUAUCAUUAAGAGUUGACAAUCUUUUAUCUCAUGAAUGAGUCAUUGCUUUCACUUUGCUAGCAAACAUAGCAAUUCUCUAUUUCUUUUAGAGCACCUAAACCUACAUAACGAACAGGCAUAGAAGCAUUUUACUAGAUACCUAUUUGGUAGAGAAGAGGGGUUGAAAAUGGUCAUUUUCUUUUACUUAGUGAUACUUUGGUUAAGUUUUAUGCAUAUAUGAUCACAUGGUGAAAUUUUUGUAUAAUAGCCAUGUAUGUUCAGUGUUAGGAUGAAACUUGGUUGCACUUCCAUUCCGAUCAAAGAUUUUUCAGUGCCUACAGAAUAAUGUUCAUGGCAUAUCUCAUGGAUGCUUUGAUGCACAGUAAAUGACACAAACUCUUUUGGAUAAUUCAAAGAAGUUUGUGUUAUCUCCACCUUUCUCCCUCUCUGUAUGCUAAAUGCAAAAUGACCAUUGCUAUAUUUCUUAACAUUUGCUUUGUCUCUCGAGUGCUUAUAUGUAUGAACUCUUCUUAUGGUUGUUGAGAUGAGGGUUUUGAUGAUCUUGUAGUUAGGGAUGGCCUCAUUUGAACAAUCUGUUGUCCAUCAGCUCCCAUUUUAUUAGCAGAACGUCCUGCUUCGAGGAAUCGUUUUAACUGCAUGUUUCAUGUACUCUUUCCCUUUAUUGAUGCUCAUUUGUUUUCCUAACUCGUGGGGAUAUGAUCCCCUUUAGCACUGCCACCAGCUGCCGCAGUUCUUGCUGGAACUGGCUAAGCUUGGCCUCUUCAUUUGCCUGCCUGGCCGGCAUUGGGACUAGUUCUUAUCAUAUAGCAUUUUUUACACUAACACGUGACAGCAAUUACGCUUAUUUAUAAGGGGAGUAUUUUAGCUAUAAUUUUUUUUAUUACAAUGCUUCAAUUAUCCAAUUACAAUAAAAAAAUUGUGAGGGUCUAUUUAUAAGAGUGGAUUCCACAUAAUAUUUUGGUAGAUUUUACAUAAUUUUAAAAUCUAAUUGGUUAAUUAUAGUACAAUUAUUAUAAGUGAUAUGCUUUCAUACAUAUACAAGCAUGGAUGAUUUAGCCAGUAAAAUAAGAACUAUAAAAUUCCCAAGUUUUGCUCCUCUUUUCUAUACUUCUAGUGUGUGUACAUGGUAAUACUUAAUAACAGAAAAAAAAAAAAAAGAAAGUAAAAAAGGAGGAAGAAGAAAGGAACAUUGCACUUAAGAGUCUUAAGGCUUUAGCAGGUCCAUCUAAUGGGGGCUCAUUGAAUGAAAAUUUUUAUUUAAAACGAAUGCCAUUUUCCUACUUUUUACUUGCUACAAAUUAUUUCUUUUUUUAUUUUUUGGUAAAAACUAGUAAUUAUUAUGCUUCUAUCAAAAUUCAGGGAUAAGUAGAAAAUAUACUUGAUUCUUCUGUGCACAGGAGAAAUUACAAAUUCAUAGCAAACCAACUCAAUUUAUUGAUUGUUUAGCCAAAUCGUUUUUUAGCACAAGAGUAAGUUUUUUUUUUUUUUUGAAAUAUUACAGGUGAACACGUGUGAACUACAGAAAAAUACUGUCAUUUUCCAAUAAACAUACAUUCGUAAUAGUUGUUGCCCACUAAUUUCUCACAGGAUGAUGCCCCAUUAGCAACAUAGCAAUAUAAUUAAUAUGCUUAGACGAUCAAUUAAAUUACUAUUAAUUUACCCUUUGGCAUUAGAGGGGGAAAAAAAAAACCUUUUCUGGAUAAAAUUACCUAUCAAUGACAGCGAAUUCUGACACAAGAGACUUGUAAACAGCAACCAUUUCUGGAUCAAAAAUCCAUUCAUAACACUCUGAGACAUGUUGGUGGAUUGGUCCAUGGAGUAAGCUUGUUGAGCAAAGCCAUUCAUCGGUGGAGUGUUAGCGGAGCUGUGAUUGGGCCCGAAGUUCUGACCCCUUAUGGCUUGGAAUGAGUGACCAGGAUCAGGGUCAACGAACUGAGUUUUAGGGUUUGGAGAGAGGGUUCGGUUCAGUUCCAUCAACACCCUGGAUUUGAGGGCUGAUUUUCUUUAAUCCAUCCUAGCAGGUGAGCGGUUCUCCAUCACUGGUAUUACGGUGGUGAAGGGUUUUUUUUUUCUUUUUUUUUUUUUUGGCAUUUGAAGGAAAGAGGGGCUAAAAUCUUUUAUUUUUUUUAUUUUUACUCAUGUUACCGAACACAUUCUUUAAUGUUAAAAUGUCAAUAGAAGCAUAACUAAAUGCAUAAAUUUUGGAUCUUCAUUCCUGCCAUGUUAUAAACAAGAAUAAUUAACUUGAUAGAGCAUGCAACUCACUAUCCAUUUCUUCAGAAGUUGC